UCCUGGCAGGGAGGUAUCCGCGCUAAGAAGGCGGCCACCGGGCAAGGCGCGGGUCUUCUCUGGGCGGGAGAAGGUUAACAGCAGAGCACUCCGCGGACGGAGUUUUAUCGUCAGCCCUCCGCGGGAUCGCGCUGCGGCGUUCCCGCUGGGGGCGGCGCUUUUUUGCAGGCGCUGCCCUCACCCCAGCCAGGACCGGCGGGGCACGCGGGUCGGAGGUGAGCGCGCGGGGCGGCCGCGCCAGGCGGGUGUUGGCGUCGCCAUGGCCAAGCACCACCCGGACCUCAUCUUCUGCCGCAAGCAGGCGGGCGUCGCAAUUGGAAGACUUUGUGAAAAAUGUGAUGGCAAAUGCGUGAUCUGUGACUCCUAUGUGCGGCCCUGCACUCUCGUGCGCAUAUGUGAUGAGUGUAACUACGGCUCGUACCAAGGGCGCUGUGUGAUCUGCGGGGGUCCGGGAGUGUCUGAUGCCUACUACUGCAAGGAGUGUACCAUCCAGGAAAAAGAUAGAGAUGGUUGCCCUAAGAUUGUCAACCUGGGCAGUUCCAAGACAGAUCUCUUCUAUGAAAGGAAAAAGUAUGGCUUCAAGAAGAGGUGAUCCUAUCCGUACGUGGCUACAUCUCCUGUUGGGUUGGCAGGAGAGUCUUGGAACACCUCUGGACUUUACUAUUAUUGAAAACCGGUUGAUUAUUUUUUUCUAAAGCAGUACAAAUUCAGUAGUAUACUUGGGCUUGGAGAAGUAACAGACUGAGUGGGGACUGAAACCUGAUCAGAACUGACUAUCAGAAAGAGCAAAUGAGGAUUACUGUCUCUUGCCUUUUCAGAAGCUCUGCUAGUAGCUGCCCCAGCUUGCUAUAAAAAUUGUGGUGGGCAGGUAUUUAUACAUGGAGGAGACCAGCUCAGUAAAAAUCAAGUGCCAUUUCUGGUGUGGGGAAACACCUUGCAGUUGUUCUUACCAGGCCGCCUCUCAAUUGUCUGAAACCGCCCCACACAUUGCUAUUGAAGAACAGAGCACCAAUCCCGUGUGUCUGCUCCCCUACUCCUCCUUCCAGUAUAUUUCCAUGCUGCCCUGUUUUGUAAGGAACCUGCUUAUGGCUGGUGCCUUCCUAGGGAGACCACAGCUGUUCCGUGUUUUCUUUGACAGAUUAAUCCAAGGCCCUUUCUUGUAACCGUUUCUGUAGGAUGCAUACCAAUAAAGCUUCUUUUGGGUAAUUUUUUUUUUUUUUU